UCUUCAUUCUUAAAGGCUGCAAAUCAAAGGAUUAGAAUUGGCCCGCCCAACUCUCACUCAACCUCAAAAGGCAAAUCGACCAACUACGAGGCUAAGUUGGGUUCCGUUCGUCGAGCUGGUCUGUUGAAAUCUAGAGUUGAACCAUGGAUUUCCUUAGGUGCUUACUGUUAUUAGCAGGGGUUUUCCACGUUGCGCUGUGCUAUCGAACUCGUUCACACCAUUGUGUGGACAUAACAUCGAACACAGCUCCAUUGUGUGCGAAUUUAUCGCUUGGCUAUGACAAGAUGAUGUUGCCGAACUUUCUUCGCCAUGACACCGCCAUGGAAGUAAGACGAGAGCUCGCGCAGUGGUCGCCUCUCGUAGGAUCCGGCUGUCACCCUUACCUCAAGCAUUUCUUGUGUUCUGUCUUUGCUCCUGUGUGUAUGCUGGAGCUGAUUCCGCCCUGUCGUUCGCUCUGUUCCAUGGUACAGAACUCGUGUGAGCCCCUAAUGCGAAGACAUAACUACACAUGGCCCUCCAUGCUUGACUGUCGGAAAUAUCCAGAGAAUAGCAUGUGUGUGAAAAUAGAAACUCCUACUCCAAUCCCAACGACAACCGUUUGCGAGGAAGAUGGCUCGAAUGUACCGUUGGACGAGCUCCAGAAAAAGUUCUGUGACUCCGAUUUUGCUAUGAGAGCGCGCGUGAGUGAAAAGAAAAUGAAAGAUGGUUACUUGAUUCUUAAGGCCACCGCAAUCAAAUCCUUGAAGGGGUCCCUUAAGCGCGAUCAAUUACAACGUCUACGCAUACCAAACAUGGAGAGUAGAAAUUGUGGAUACGUGAAUAAACGAAAACAGUUUCUUAUCCUUGGUACGAAACGAGGAAGACGGAUGAUCGUUACUUACCUCAUGAAAUGGAAGGAUUUUAGGAACAUGAGACGAAAGAUUAAGGAAAAAGCAUGCAGGAAGAUGUAAGACACUUGAAGAACGCCAACGCAGAACCUAUAUAAACUGAGAAAACAAAUCGGUUUGGUUUGUAGUUUGUUGACUUUUUGCGCACUUGUAGACUGAGAAAGAACGACUACAGUGCAGCACUGCUGGCUUUAUUGUAAGAAACUCUCAAAAAUAUAUACGCUCAAUUGAGAAAUCAUUGUUUGGUUCAAAAACAUGAAACAUCGAGACUGGGACCGAAAUGUUACAUGGGAAGUACG